AAGACGCAGAGGCUACACGGGGAUGUUACAGGCGGCCGGCAGGGAGCAAGACAGGCUGGUUACUCCGUGCUUUACGCCCUGUCGUACACGGCGGUGCUGGCUGCAGCCCGAGAUGGCUCCCGUUCUCAACCUCAAGUCAGACCAGGAGACAUCAUAGACAUCAUAGACACCACGAUGAAGAAGGCCAUGAUAAGACUAGGAGACACACCAUGCUGCGAGCGAGCGGCUGCAGGGUUGAUAUUAGCUGUCUUCAGACCAUGCAGGCUCACGUACGGUGCAUACGGAGGCCUACCAAAUACGGAGUACGGAGUAUGCAUUAUAACAAAUUUGAUAAUGGCAGUCUGCAGCCUCACAACGACGACGGCAGCGUUUGAUACAGCUCGAGCAGCAAAGGAAGAGCUUAAAUAUGUUACAGCCACUGCCACGGCCCUGAAAUCGCCGAACCAGAGACCACAGAGAGAGAGAGUCGACUCUGCUGGAGGCUGCCAACCCCCUGGUUUCAACCCUUGGCCCGCCGGAACCCAAUAUCAACGCCUGUUCUCUCGCCACGAUCUCCCAUCCCAGACUAUAUCGUGA